AUYUCAGUGCGUUAAGAAUACAUCUAAUUCUAUUUAUCGCUGUGYUUCGCGAAACAAAGCUAAGACGUCAGAGAGAUUCCAAAUAGACAUGGACUCCAAGAAAUACCUUCUUCUGCUUGUCAUUGUUGUAAUGCAAGAGCACUUCUGUAAUGGCGCAAAAAACUAUUACAAGAUAAARAAGAAUAUUCGGGCCUUGGCACUGAAGGACUAUGACAAGGUGAUUGGGCCGUCAUCGCAAGGAGGCAUGCCCCCACGGAAAGUGUGGUUCUCUCUGCGAGUCAAGAAGCUCAGCGAAAUUAGCACAAAAUAUCAGUAUCUCAAAGUCAAGGCGAUGAUUGAAAUGAGAUGGAAUGAUAACUUGUUGCAGUGGGACAAGAAAAAACACAGCAGGAUCACAUCUGUUCAAUAUCUUUCAAACGAGAUCUGGAAGCCAGAUAUCACGCUUCUCAACGAUGCUGAUGAAGAACGUAACAAAAAAAUUAAAAUGCACAGACUUGUUGUAAAUAACGUUGGGAGAGUAAUUUGGAGAUUUCCAGCUACACUUGUGAGCUCAUGUUCACUGGAUGUCACCAAAUGGCCUAUGGACAGCCAAGAAUGUACACUGAUGUUUGGCUCCUCUGCUUAUACCAAGAGACGCAUGACUAUAAUUGGAGUCAACAAAACAAUGAAAKCAUCCAUCUCAAGUGGUGAAUGGUCACUGAAGUCAAUGAAAAUGCACGAGGGAUUCUACGAUCAUGGCGACGGCAGGAACUACUCAAUGAUUCAAUACAAGCUGACUAUUGACCGUAAACCAGCAUACACGCUUUUCUACCUCUCUCCUCCCUCCAUCAUUCUUGCUAUUCUGACCUUUAUGAGCUUUUACAUCCCGUCAGAGAGUGGGGAGCGUAUUGGUUUUGUCACUACCAUACUUUUGACUAUGAUGGUAUUUUUACUAUUGCUUCCCGAAUACCUCCCUCGGACCUCUGAUGGACUACCUGUGUUGGGUAUCCUUCUAAUUGUGGCUAUGGUGAUCAUAGCCAUUGUUCUCAUGGCAACCAUCGUCAUUGUGAAGUUUUACCACAAUGAAGGGGUCCCUCCAUCUUGGAUUCAAAAGAUUUUUUGCUUUUUGAGUCCCUUCCAGAGGUUUUCAUUGAAGAAGUUCCUUCCAAUGUCAUUUCUGGGCAAAAUUGGCGGGAAAGUGUCUUCUAGUCAGCUUCCAUUUACGAUCACCCAAAAUGAGGUCGAGCUUGAGACCAUACCUUCCCGACCAUUUGCGCCCAAAAUUGUUUUUAGUGAGGAUUUCAACAAGAUCACAUGGAAAGAUUUGUCCAACAGGUUAAACUGGUUCUUGUUUGGAAUCAUUCUYUGUGCCUUUUUGAUCACAUGUGCAUGUCUUUAUUCUCUGAGCUAAGGAGAUUUAAUAAUAGGAGUAACAUGUUCUUUACGUAUUCUUAUCAUCAAUCAUUGCAUGCCUUUUUGUUUGCCAGUGGAUGUUGCUUUUGAGCUUAUCGGCCUACUAGGUUCCCCUCRGCUUUGCCUGGCUGACGUCAUAUUAGUCUCAACUGCAGCACAUCCAGUUAUGUUUGAUUAAAUUAGAGUGUUAGUUUCUUUCGUCCUCCAGGUUGGGAGAUGAGACAGSAUAGGGUUAGCAGCCCWAUCUUGUAAAAAUACUCUAUGGUACCGAAAUUAACACUCUAAGUUACGUAGUCAUAUACAAAUUGCAAUAUUGUCCAGGAUGUCCAGUCAAUAGCUUAUGUUAUUUGUGAAUGCCAUCACAUUGCACUGAAGUACUUGUGCACUUCAUUUAACAAUUCAGCGUUAAUGAAGUUAUUUGUUUUAAUUGCAGUGUAACAUUCUUGUAAAUUUCAGGAUAGUUGACAUUUUCUCAGCAUUUUUGGAUGAAAUAGUUUUAAAGUCUGGAAUCAGUACUACUGCACUGUCAGGUUAAUGCACCAGCCAACAGUUUUCUAUCUUUGUACAUAGCUACUAAAUGCUCCAUUUGACAAUUUCUAUCCGCCCGGCUAUGUUGUCAAAGCUAUGCAUAACAGCACUUUCAACGUAUCGCACAUUGGAAGUUUAAUCGAAGCGGAGCGUGAAAUCUCGAUCAGAGAUUUGUGAAUUUUCGUUUUUUUUAGAAUAUUACACAUUGAAUAGAGACACUUAGGGUUUAUUGCUCGUUAAGACAAAAUUGUUAUUCAAUUUAAAAAAAAGCUGGUUGUAUAAAAUCAAACUGCAAAUUUUGAAUAAAUUGCACGCACUAGACUGUU